GCAACACAUGUUUUAUUUCCCCCGUUCAAAAUGUGAUGUAGUCGGUGUAGACAGCAUAACAUAAAUUCUAAUAAGAAUCGGUUGUUGUUUCUUCCCCUCACUCAAUCCUUCUCUCUCACUCUCUCUUUCUAUCUGUCUCACUCUCUCUCCAUUCCAUUUAAUUUGUUAUUCCUUUCCGCUAAUUAUUCAAUUAUUAUUUAUUAUUAUUAUUCACGUUCGCUCCAUUCGUUCGCCGUCGUUACCGUUUUCUUCCGAUAUCAGACCGCCCGCCCGCACGCCGCCGGUCAACAAACACCCCCCCCCCCCCCCACACAUGCACACACACACACACAACGCGAGCGAGCGCGCACGUUUCGUAUUUUUCCUUUCUCGUUGUUAAUUUUUUGUUGGAUUUCUCCUCACUUCGGAGUCCGGACAAUCCGUUUUAGCGCGAGCCCGCCCGUCCGCGUGCUUGUGUGUGUGUAUGUGCCUCUCCGUACGACCGUACGUAAUUGUCCGCGUGCGUGCGUGCCCGCAUAAUAAUAUUUUACAAUAACGCACAUACGCAUAUUACGUACAUUGUAUAGGUAUUAUUAUUAUUAAUUAUUUAAUUAUUAUUAUUAUUACUAUUGUAAUAAUUCAUAUAUGACACUCUCUCUCGUCCUGCUCCUAACACUCCGGUUCCGCCGGCCGCCGUCGACUCACGCGCUCGUCUCUCGCGUCGUCGUCGUCGUCGGUGUCGCCGUUUUCGCAGCAGUAGCGUUGUUUGGUGUAGCUGUGCUAGCGAGGCAACACGAGCGCCAGCUGACCGGUGCCGCCACGACUGAACAGUCAGAAGCUGCCGGAGGAUUGCAACCACCGGUUAACGCGUCCGCCCCGACCCACGAGACAGCGUACGUUGACUACUCGACAUCGGACUUUGACUCGACAUCUGAAGCCGACUGGACAUCGGACGACGACACAACAGCUUCAUCGGACAUCGACGAUUAUACGGUAUAAAGCACUGUGUUUUCGCGCCCUGUACACUCGCCUGUCGCUACGGUGUGACCAUGUGCUAGAGCGCCGUGCCUAGUCGUAAUCGUCUACUGCAAAACGCCGGGUGCGUUCAAUACCGAUUCACUAGAGAAUUGAAAUGUCAGUCAAGGACGGACCUAUCGUCAAGAUGGAUGUAGACUGCCCGUCAAAUCUUAAGAGAUCCAACAGUGCGCCGAUGAUCAAUGACAUGAAUGCUUCCACCAUUGUCGGGUCACCUACUACUCUGUCUAGAGAAAAUACGUGUAACAUAUUUUUACGAAAUGUACAAGUACAACCACGCUUUCGUAGAUUUAGCACAAGUGGAAGUCCUCAUAAUGUAAUGCCAAAUACUUCACCAAAGUUAGUUCAUAGAGUUAAUCAGCUGCGACAAGAAGAAACAGUUGAUUUGAUUAACAGAGAAGUGGCCCAUGAAAGAGAAAUACACUCUGCAAUGCAAAUAUCACAAUCAUGGGAAGAUUUAUCUAUCAUGAUGGAUUCACCGACAAAGCCAGAUGAAGGAGGACAGUUUGGUAAACAACCUGGUGGAAUGCAUGGUAGACCUAAUGUAUAUGAUCCACUGCAUUUAAAUUUUUCAAUGACUUCUGCUCCAUCAUCACCAUCGCCAACCAGAUCAUUGAGACAUUGCGUAUCUCCAUCACUUUUUAAACCAAAUUUAUCGCCUAGUCCUACUCGUAAAACCUUUACAUCGGGUUUAUGUUUUAGACGAAGCUUGAGUCCAAUUUCAAUGCGUCCUAGCACUUUAGGACCUGUUAAAAGGAAAUGUGACAUGGAUGACUACGAACCAAUUCCAAAGAAAUGGGGAUUGCUGAUUACCAAUAAUAGGCCUGAACCAAUGCAAGUGACCGGUAUUGUUCCUACAACAAUGAAUGCAACUUUAGUUACAGAUUCCAUUUGUAGUAGCAGUGGUGAUUCAUCAAACAGUAAUCAUUCAUUUUCCUUUAGACCAUUGCAAUCUCUAAUGGAUGAAUCAAAAAGUAAUUCCCAAUAACUACAAUAUUUUUACAAGAAAUAAUAUUUUCACAUUUUACUGUUGACUAUUAUAAUUUUGGCUAUUAUUAUUUUAUUAUUACAGAAACAAUAAUUUUUAUUACUAUUAUUAUUUUUAUUAUUAUUAUUAU